GACUCUAUGCAAAUCAGAUAGUUUUCAGGUAUUCAGCAACAGUCUCCCCACACAGACUGAUAAAAGCACAGGAGGGGCCAAUAUCCUCUCCGCCAGACUCUCUGCCUUCAGAAAUCUGCAUAAGAGUAAGGGGUGGGCUGCCAGCAGUGACAGGUGUCAAGAGGGUGGGUCACUGGACAAGCCUAGUGACAGCUCCAUGCUAACCUGCACUCACUAGCUUCCUGACAGUCUGACAAGACUAAGAGAGUCCCUGGCACUUGCAAAGGGAGGAUCCUUACAGCAGUCCUUGCUUAUGGUGUAUCCAUAGCAGCCAGUCCAUCUUAACAGGACCAUCCCAGCACAGCUGUGUCAGUCAGUGUGCUUCUCGCUACCUGCUCCUGAGAUCCUGUGGUACAGCUGUUUCUGUGGCUGUCAUUUCCUACUGGGGACCUGAUACAACUCCCACACACUCAGUAAGCCAGUGGGUACCGGCACUUACUGAGGAGUGGAUCGGAUUUCCAUAGAAGCACUGUGUCAGUGUGUGGAGACCUACUGGGGAAGAUUGUGUGGGUACAUCCUGAAGAGGUGAUUGGAGUCCUAUAGGAGCAGAGUGUCACAGAGUAAAGAGACCUACUGAGCAGCUGAUCAGAUCCCAUAGGAGCUCAGAGUCAGUGUGUAGGCAUCUUCUACUGAGUAGCUGAUCGGAUAAUAGCACUGGGUUAGUGUCUGUGAAGCUGCACCCCCAUUCUACUGAGACCCCCACACCGGCCCUGGCCAGUUUUCUGUCCCUGUUGCGGAGCUGCUAGGUGCUUCCCUGCAUAGCUAGAUUGUCAGAAUGUUGGAUGGACUGAAAAUGGAAGAAAAUAUACAGAACGUCAUUGAAACUUCAGCAGCACUUUCCUCCCUGUUCGGUCGAGGCAUGGAGCAGAAGUGGGUAUGUGAGGGAUGCGAGAGGGUCAUUUGUGACCGAUUUCUUCUCCGAAUAAGUGACAGUCUAUGGCAUGAACAGUGUGCCCAAUGCUGCACCUGCAAAGAACCCCUGGAAAGCAGCUGUUUCUACCGAGACAAAAAGCUUUACUGUAGGAACGACUAUGAGAAGCUGUUUGCUGUCAAAUGUGGAACCUGCCUAGAUACCAUAACUCCCAGUGAGUUUGUCAUGAGAGCACAGAAAAACGUCUACCACUUGGGCUGCUUCUGCUGCUGUGUAUGUGAUCGGCAGCUCCAAAAGGGUGAUGAGUUUGUUCUGAAAGACGGACAGCUGCUGUGCAAGAGUGACUAUGAGAGAGAAAGAGAUCUGCUCAGCCUGGUGAGCCCAGCAGCCUCUGAUUCAGGUAAAAGUGAAGAUGAAGAUGAUGCUGGGAAAUUUGAUGACAGCAAGGGUCCAGAGGAUGGAAAAGAUCAAAAACGUCCCAAGAGGCCAAGAACUAUCUUAACAACACAGCAGCGCAGGGCAUUUAAGGCUUCCUUUGAGGUCUCCUCCAAACCUUGCAGGAAGGUGAGAGAGACCCUGGCAGCUGAAACUGGCCUCAGUGUUCGUGUGGUACAAGUCUGGUUCCAAAAUCAAAGAGCCAAGAUGAAAAAGCUGGCAAGGAGACAGCAGCAACAGCAGCAGCAGCAAGAUCAGCAGAACCCAAGCCGCAUUCCCUCAGCUCAAACACAUAAUUCAAGCAGCUCCAGCGUUGAAGGAAUCAUGAAUGUUUUCACUACCCUGCCACAGCAGCAACUUCUUUCCUUAGAGCAGAAUAUUUACAGUGCUGACCCAUUUCAGCAAGGUCUUACUCCCCCACAGAUGCCUGGAGACCACAUGCACCCCUAUGGUGGUGAGUCCCUUUUUCACGAUAUUGACAGUGAUGAUGCUUCCCUUAACAACCUGAGUGAGUGCCUUCUACCAGGACCAGAAUUAGGAUCUAUCCAGGGCAGAGUUGGAAACCCAAUUGAUCGCCUUUACUCUAUGCAAAACUCUUAUUUCACAUCCUGAAGAGCCAACCUUAGUGCUAGAACAGAUAUUACGGAAACUCUGGUAUCUUGGUGUUUGGCACUUUUUUCGAUUAUGCCACACUUUAUUAAAAUAAUAGCAGACUGUUUCCUGCCAAUGAUUCUUCUAAGGACAUGAAAGCUAAAACAUUGUGUACACUUAACUUCCACAGUAACAUUUUCAUUGGCGCUGCAAGCAAACAGAAUGCAAGGGUACCGAAAACACUGGCUGUUUUUUUGUGAGGCUAAAACCAAACAUGCUAACUCUUGAACUGUCCAGCUGCUGUUAAGUCAACAGUCCACUGAAUAUCCUGAGCUGCUGCUACAACUGAAAUAUGGCCGUACAACUGGAUUCUGGAUUUCUCAUAAUUAAUUUGAAUAAUGAUGAUCAAGUGCGACACUUGGACUAAACUAAAUACGUCUCUAAACAUACAGUAGCUGACAUCUUUAUGGAAACUAUGGUGAUAAAGCACCACUCUGCUACUCAGUAUGCAUGCAGUGUUACCAGAAGGAAUAUACAAAAACUGUGCAACAUUGCUAAUACCUGUGAACAUCACCAGCAAUGGUCCAACAUGAAUUCAGGUUGAAACAAUACCUAAUCGUUUGAACUGAAAAUCGGUCUUACUAUAGAGAUAGAAAAGACAGCGUUGUUGGUACUUGUGCCAUCAGCCAUACACUGGAAAAUAGUAGACUGAUAAUUAUAUUUUUUCGUAUUCACUUUACUAACUGAAUUGCUCUGAUACAGAUUGUACAGACAGGCAGCAUUGUCUUUGGGAUAUAUUUAAUAUUGCACAUAUGUGCACUUAACUUAUACAAAAUAGUAAUUUGCAUUAUAAUCUUGUAGUAGAUAGGAAAAUCUUGUGUCAGCCAUUCUACGUGAAUUAAAUGUUCUUGUGUUUCAUCCAA